AAAAUACUAUGAACGACGGCCACGUAUGUUAAGACAGGAAAAAUCACGAGGUUUUAGUAGGGGAAUAUUGUCGGUAUUCGAGCCGUGGAAGGAGGAGGCGGUCGUGGUGGUGGUGGUUUCUCUUUGCUGCCUGCCUGAGGCGUCGGUCCAAAGGACAGACACCGUCGCCGCAGCCACAGCCGGUUUUCUUUCCAUCUGACACGACUCCUCGUAAUUCGUUUCGAAAUUCACAAAAUUUCUUUUCCUUUCUCUCUCAUGCGUCCCUGAUAUUUCUAGAAAUUCGGGAUUCUACUCCGCCAAAUCAAUAGCCACCGCCGAAUUUGGGUUUUGAACGUCGUCGGGGAAAUGAGGAAGGAAAGGUGGAUGAAGAAGAAGGGGAGGGUAACAGGGAUCGGAAACUACUCGAUUGCGUCUUCCAUGAGAGAUAACCACCGGCGACCGUGCAUUACCUGCACCACCUUCAACAUCCUUGCUCCAAUCUACAAGCGUCUCUCUCCUCAGGACGAGAGUUGCCGGGAAAGCGAUUACAAGGCGUAUUGGUUGUCCAGGAACCACCGGAUUUUGGAUUCAUUGUUGCACGAGAGAUCUUCCAUUAUUUGUCUUCAGGAAUUCUGGGUAGGAAAUGAAGAACUUGUUAGUUUAUACGAGAAGAGACUAGGUGAUGCUGGGUAUCUUCUUUUUAAGCUCGGCCGCACCAACAACCGUGGCGAUGGUUUAUUAACUGCCGUGCACAAGGAUUAUUUUAGAGUUAUUAAUUACCGAGAGUUGCAUUUCAAUGACUGUGGAGAUCGAGUUGCUCAGUUAUUACAUGUGGACAUGACUGCCUCCUUUUCACAGUGCCGAAGCUAUGAUACUCGGCAAGAAAUUCUCAUUGUAAACACCCACUUGUUAUUUCCUCACGAUUCAAGUCUGUGUAUUGUACGAUUACUACAGGUCUACAAAAUCUUACAAUAUGUGGAGUCUUAUCAGAAGGAAUACAAGCUUAAUCCUAUGCCGAUCAUACUUUGUGGUGACUGGAAUGGGAGCAAACGAGGACAUGUUUAUUGGUUCCUCAGGUCACAGGGUUUUGUGUCAUCAUAUGACACUGCUCAUCACUACACUGAUGCAGAUGCUCAGAAGUGGGUUAGUCACCUCAAUCAUCGAGGAAAUAUAUGUGGUGUUGAUUUCAUAUGGCUUCUUAAUCCCAACAAAUAUCGAAAACUAUUGAAGACAAGUUGGAGUGAAGCAGUAUUUGGCAUGUUCAAGCAUCUACUGAGGAAGGCUUCACUUAAAGAAGAAGAUGCAUUUGCAUCUCUUAAGGCUGACAGUGAUGGUGAUUAUAUUACCUACUCAGGUUUCUGUGAAGCUCUUCGGCAGCUUAAUUUAAGUGGUCAUUGCUAUGGGCUUAGCGAGGAAGAGAUGAAAGACUUGUGGGUUCAAGCUGACAUUGAUGGAAAUGGAGUUGUUGUCUAUAAAGAAUUUCAGCAGCAGAUUUGGAAACACUCUUGUUUAGAUGAACUCAGUGACCAAGUUCAAGAUGGGGUUAGGGAAGAUGCUCAGGAGCAAACUAUUGGUUUUAGUGUGGAGAAUGCAGUUCUUUUCCCUCCUGAAGUGGAGAAAGGAAGCUGGCCUGAAAAUUAUUCUCUCUCUGAUCAUGCACGACUCACUGUGGUGUUCUCACCAAUAAAAAUGACAUGUUCUCAGGCAGUAUCCAUAAAAAGCUCCAGUGGAAUGGAGGUUUAAAUUUCAUGCAGAAAGAAGAACGAAAGUGCAAAUAAAGAAGAAUAAGUGCUGUUGACAGAUUGUGAGGUGGAAGCUAAAACAGCAGCCAGAGUUCUUGGGAGAGUGCCUUAGCAAUGGUCAAGGAUUCCUUUGACUCCAAUCCCCCAUGCUAUUGCAGACUGCCCCAAAAGACUCUCCACCAUGGAAAUUGAACCUAUCCCAUUGAGGGUUCUCUGGGUGGCCACUUGUAUCUUCCGGAAUAAAGUGUGUUCUGUUCUGCUCUUCCAAUUCCAUUUCCCUGUUUAAAAGGAAAGAAAUGAAAGAGAAAGGAAAAGAAGGUUGCAAUUUUAUACUACUAUUCAGGCAGCCGUUGCAUUUUGUAGUAUGGUUAGUGCAGCACAUUUAGGUCUUGUACGUGGACUUCAUCUAGAAUGGGUGUAAAACCAGAAUCAUGGACUGGAUGUUUCUCAGCUAUGAUAAAUAGGUUAAUACCAAUAGAACAGUAAAAACUCUGGAUUUUUACACUCUUAAUGAUUUAUACACGUUCAUUUUGACAAGGGGGAUUCGAACUUACUGUGUUUUCAUAGGAGUGGGUUUUUCUUGGUAGAUAAUGAUAUAAUGAGGAUAAUCUUGUCCC